UCUCUCUCUCUCUCUUCAAGUUGCUAUAUUUCUGAAAAUUUGAUUUUCAAUUUGAUUUUUUAGUUCUCUCUCUGUCUCUCUCUCAUAGAAAUUAAGACAAGGAGGGAAGGGAGGAUUGGAAAAGUAGAGGACUAAAAAGCGAGGUGGAAGAAUUUAAUUCCUUCCCAACCCUCAAGAAGAACAUGCAUGAGGGGAGCGAGGUAGCAAGCUUUAGAAGAGACAAGUUUGCUUUUCAUUCCUUUUAAAUAUUCCCAUCUCUCUCUAUUCUUAGGAUUUUGUAUGUUCGAACGUCGUCCAAGAAAGAAAGAUCCACUGUGGAAUGACCAAAAGAGGAACCUACACAAGGAAAUGACUCAUUGCGAUGACCAAAUAAUCAUUCCUGCAAAAUCCAAAGAUAAUCUUAUUCGAGCUUGUCCAUCAUGCGGUCAUCAGAUCAAAUGCCAAGAUAAGCAGACUGGACUUCAUGAUUUGCCGGGGCUACCUGCGGGUGUGAAGUUUGAUCCAACUGAUCAAGAAAUUCUUGAACAUUUGGAGGGGAAGGUGCAGUCUGAUGACUCUGAUGCUUGUGCUCACCCUCUCAUCGAUGAGUUCAUCCCUACAAUUCAAGGAGAGAAUGGAAUUUGUUACACCCACCCAGAGAAGUUGCCAGGAGUAAGCAAAGAUGGCUUGGUCCGCCACUUCUUUCACCGACCUUCCAAAGCGUACACGACCGGAACACGGAAAAGGAGAAAGGUGCACACGGACAUGGAAGGCGGUGAGACCCGGUGGCACAAAACAGGAAAGACUCGGCCAAUUUCCGCCGGCGGCAAGGUGAAAGGGUUCAAAAAGAUACUUGUGCUCUACACCAACUAUGGGAAGCAAAGAAAGCCUGAAAAGACAAAUUGGGUAAUGCACCAAUACCACAUCGGUAAUAAUGAAGAAGAGAAAGAUGGAGAGUUAGUGGUGUCAAAAGUUUUCUACCAAACACAACCGAGACAAUGCGGUUCCUUCAUUAAGGACUCACUUUCUUCAAAAUUGAAGGGACAAAAUGGGCAUGAGGGUGGUCUUAGAAACAAUGCACUUUUUGAGUACUAUAAUUCUUCUUUGAUAUCCUUUGAUCAGGGCAGCCAAAAUAGGGCAAGCAGCACUCCUCAGCUACUUUCUCAUUUUGCAGUCCAUGAUGGGUCUUCGUUUGUUUCUUGAAAGAAAGAUCAAGGGAGGACAAAAAGGUGGGGAAUAAGGAGGACGAUAUCAUGCAUGUAUAGCUAAAGAUUAGGCUAUAGUUCUCUCUCUCUCUCUCUCUCUCUCUCUCUAUUUGUCUGGUUUUUUAGAGUCUAGUUCAUGGUUUCUACAGGUCAGAAAAUGUACAUUCAAAGGGGCCGGGUAAUGUCCGCUUGAUGCCAGUGCUGACUUUAGUCGAAUGGAUUUUAACUUUGUCUUUGUUAUUUGAUGUGCACUUUUCUUAUAUGACUCCUUGUAAUGAUUAAAAUAAAAGUAUAAAAUUAUUGUACUUGUUAAUA